GGGCGGUCGAGAUGGCGAGUGGAAACGAGACUGUGCCUGCCGUUACCUCUCCGCGCGAGGUCUACAACGCACUCAACAACGGAGCGCUAGUGGUCGACGCCCGGGUAGUGGACUCGUUCGAGGCGUGGAUGCAGGAGCCCGAGAGGGUGGUCUUCACCGAGUGGCUCCCGCCGGCCAAGCUCCGGGCGAAUGAUCCCGAGUGGUAUCCACCGUCGACGCCCGAUCUGCCUGGCCUUGUUGUCGUCCUCUGCGGCGGGGAUCGGACCGGGCUUGAGGCGCGGCUAGAUGGGGUGGCGGCCGAGGCUCUGGCAGUGGCGGAAGCCCUGGCAGGAGCAGACGAGGACGACGAGGCGGUGCGAUGGGCCGGCGCUGCUGCUGAGUACAUCGGGCGCGAGUGGGCGCUGCGCGAGAGCGUGACCAAGUUAGUCGUCGCUGCUGCCGCUGAGCUGCUGGAGACGUAUCCGUUUAUGGCGGCGUUGUCGCCGGUGGCGGCCGUCAUGCCGGCCUUCCCGUCACACGUUGCGCCUGGUCUCUUCCUCUCGUCGCAGUACGUCGCGUCGCGAGUGGAAAUUCUCGAGGCGUGCGGAAUCAAGUUUGUUCUGAACGUUGCGCGGGAGUGCAAGCCAGUAGCUGCGCUUGCGGCUGUGGGCAUCACAGUCCUUCACCUCCCGCUGGAUGACGAGGUUGGCCAGGAUCUGGAUGCCGGUGGUGCACUUGACGCCGCAUGCGAGUUUCUGGCCCGAGCCUCGCCUGACCAGCCAGCACUCGUCCACUGCGCGCAGGGCAUCUCGCGCUCGUCGUCGGUCCUCAUUGCGUUUCUGGUUCGGUCCAAGAUGGAGAGCGGAUACGCGAAAGCGCUUGCGCGGGUGCGCGCAGCGCGUCCGAUUGCGCGUCCGAAUCCGGGCUUUGCGCGCCAGCUGGUGGAGCUGCUCGGUGAAUGAGCGAAGUUCAGCGGCGGAGCAUGAUACCGCAGUUGCGGGCGCGGGUGCUCGGGUCGCGCCGGCCGGCGGCGAUGAGCGCGUCGACGUGCGCGUCGUGGUACAGCCACUUGGCGAGCAUGCCGGCGGCCGGCGGCGGUGACCGCGGCGCGACCGCGGCUCCGGCUCGGGUGCGGUAGACGUAUUCGGCGUCGCGGGUGAUGCCGUGGUCAGCCGCGAGGAGUGCGCGCCAGACUGGAUGCGCCGAUGAAAUGUGGUACCAUCGGCGGGAGACUCGGGCGGCGGCGCAGAGUGAGGCCGGGUCGAGAAAGCGCAUGAUGGCAUCGAUGAGCUCGGCCGGUAGCCAGUUGAUGGCGUCGAUGGCCGGGGCGAGUGUGCCCGGGUACCGGAGUUUGAUAAGUCGGGCGAGCGUGGAGUUGGGCAGCAUGUGGGUGUGCAGCAGCUCGUUUCCGGUGGCCGGCGACGUGGUAUGGCUCUCGAGCCAGCGUCCGAGCGCG